CGUAAGGCGAACGGAAGGAGCUGAGGGAAGCGGUCGUGAAGGCAGCGCUGUCCCCGGCGCUGCAAUAAAGGCCGUGCGCACGGCACAGAGAAAUCUCGCCUUGGCCCGGUGAGUCGACCAAGGGAGGAGGCAUGGGGCCCGCGGCAUCCAAAGAGGAUGAGGCCGUGGAAACGGUGCUCCAAUAUAUAAUCUCUCUAGGAGAGCCCGUUUCUGAUGAAACAGCCCCUAAGGGGUUAAUGGCAUGGGUGAGAGCGAGGAAUCUACUUCCCACUGCUCGAACCUCCUUUCCGGUGUCCACAAGGGACGCUGUAAAGGAAUUGUUUUGGGACGAGAUCUCUACGGGGUCAGGAGCCACUAGAACGUGUACUCUGCUUUGGCGUCUGGCAGUUGGGUCGCUACAAGAGUUAAGUCCUGAGCGACGGGAACUCAUAAAGGUUCGGACAGCUCUGUCGGGAGGUGGCGGGACUACGGCGGGUCCCCGCCCCGUUCGGUCUGCUGUAGGGGAGAUCCCCGUGCCUGCGGCUGCGCAGUUGCGAAUGCUAGGACCCUUAAAAGCAGCGGGAUCACCUCCCUUUAGCACCGUGCAUGUAGCAGCAGGACGUGUGGGGGCUGCAGGAACAUCACUGGCGGCGGAGAAUGAAGCUGGAGCCGCGCCCGCGGCCCCGCUCUCUCCUGCGGCUGCGCGGUCGGCAGUGUCGCUCCUCACUGUGCCUGCUGCUGCGCAUGUGUCAACUGGACCGACACUGCUGGGAGCCUCCGCGUCCCUGGAUGGCGCUGCAUCGCUGGCGCCUGACGCCACCAUGCAACCCGGAAGAGAGCCACUGUGGAUCGCUGCCAUGGCAACAGACGCUGUUUUCGGACAAAAAACAAACAAACAAACAAAAAAACAAACCACCGUUUCCAGGUAAAAGAACUAAAAAUACGAGCAGAUGAUGUAGAUCACAUCUAAGGAACCGGCUGCAAGCUGGAAUCUGGCCUUCUAUAUCCUUCUGAACUGCACAUGUAGCUUAAGGCUGAGUAUUAAACAGAAUAAUCAAACAGUAUUUUUUCACUGUCAUAGACUUAAAUGCACUAAAUAUAUUGAAAAGUAAGUAAAUUAACUUUUACGUAAUUAAUUUUUCCUUCCUUCUUGGAGUAGUGGGCAACAUUUCUACGGUGUUCUGAAGAGAAAGACCUUUGUAGUUAUAUUUUUAAUUUUUUGGUUAUAUUUUUAGUCUCCUGCUGAGAUAGUGUUAAUUAUAAUUUUGGAAAAAGAGAGAAAAUGACACAAAAUCUUUAAUUUAAUCCCAAGUGUAUGGUCUAUAUUGAAAAGCCCUGGGAUGCACCUGGUAUUGUAAUUGGUAUGACUGACAAUACCUCUCCUAUGCCUUCAAAUAAUCCUUAUUCGUCUGGUUAUAUCACAAGUCAAAAAUGUUCAUUCUCAAUCUGUCAUUAGUAAUUGUCGUGAAUAAGAGGAGCCCAUCUGUGGCUCCGGUGAGCGCUCCGGUGAGCCUAGCUCAAGACUGGGAAGAGGAUGCAAAAUACAGGAAAUUAGAGAAACUGUUCUAAUUGUUUUUGUCAUCUUUGUAUUAAUCAGAACAAUAACUACAGCCAUGCAUUAACCAUUCAAUGCAGGCCAUGCAUCUAAAAGAACGAAAUGCAUUGGUUUUUUCUUUCUUGUAUAGCAGACCUCUUGCCCUAAUAGAUCCCUGAAUCUACUAUUCCAGAGUUAAGGAAAUCUCUGUCACCAACAAGGUGUUUCCACUUAUUCUCUUUGUAUGUGGUAUUAUAUUGCUAGCAAACAAGAAUCAGAGUUGGAAUCAAAACUUGCAUUUUUCUCCGGCAUAGAAAGUUAUAAUAUGAUUACAUUUGUAUUAUGAAUUUGGCCGAAAUUUGGAAACAAACUCUCCUGAACUGUGUGCUGCCAAGUUGUUCUUGCAGUAAUCUUAAAGGUAGAGGCUAGAGCUAAGCCCUGGCUUCAAGAAGUGAAGGACAUAUGUGAUGGCGUGUGCAGAGUGACUGCAACUGUGCUUGGUUUUGCCUCCUGAGAUGGGGCAGACGUGUCACUAAGGGGAAAGGAAGACAAUGGAAAACUAUGGAACUUUUAACAUCCUGAGGCCUAAGGGUUGUCACUGUAUACAACGAUCUGU